AUGAAUUUAUUUGUUUUAGAUAAAAAUAGUAAAAAGAGUGUAAGAUAUCAUUGUGAUAAGCAUGUCGUAAAGUUGAUAUUGGAAGCUGUACAGAUGUUGUAUUGUGCCUAUCAUGUUUUGGAGGCUGACGAUGACGCGUGGAAAGCAUCUUCACCUACACCUUUGAAGCUGACUCACAAGAACCAUCCAAUCAAUAAGUGGGUGAGAACCAAUGCAAGUUCUUAUGACUUUACUGUUGACUAUGCAGCGAAUCUGCUGGACGAGUAUACUUUACGUUAUGGAAAGAUACACUCAUACAAAGAACAUGUCGAUUGGCUAUCGAAAAACAAACCGUCGAAACUUGACAAAUCUAAUCAGCUGACUCUGAUGCCUGUAGCUAUGCCUGAGGAGUAUCGUGUACAACCAAUGAAUGAUUGGGAUGAUGUUGUUAAAUCGUAUCGAACCUACUACAUUAAAGAGAAACUUAGAUUUUGCUCUUAUAAAGGUGUUGAAUGGCCUGACUGGUUACCAGAUAAAUCAACUUUUAUCGCCCCAGUUUCUUCACCAAAAAAAUCAAAAACUAAAAGCAAUUCAUCAUCAACAACAACAACCUCAAGAAAAGCAAAAUUAAAUGCAACUAAAUAA